UCAAAAACAAUCAAACAGAAUCUCCGCUCGUCCUAAUUCUUUCAAGUCGGACGACGCAUCCUUCAUUGCCCUCCGUCGGAUCUGUUCACCACAGAUUGCACUAAAGAUUACGCAGUUUAGCCAGCAAGUUUCAGGGAUGAAAAGCCCUCGUUUGUUUCAGAUUCACAUCAUGCUGGGAAAAAAGGUAUAAAGAACGUUGUGACGUGCUUCCUUGGAUUUCCCCCAACAGAGCUGGUCUCUUUUCACAAAUCGCAUACGCACAAGCCGCCGGUCGCCUUAUCCAACCAACACCUUCACUUCUGCUCUAGUUUUUCAUUCAGACAAGAAACAUGGUUCAUUCUCACACCGUACUCACCGCCGUUAUCGCUGUCGGAGCUGCAACCUCUGCUCUAGCUGCUCCUCUUCGUCCUCUUUCCGAGGCCAGGGAGAUUAAGAUCACCCCUUCAUCAAAUGCAGCACAGUUCAAAAGCGAUCCAAAGCUUCCAGGCCAUCCAGGCAAAUCGUUGAAUGCUCGUGAAUUCGAUAUUAUCGUUGAAGAAGAUUCUCACAAGCAUCAUCAUCACCACCCUCACCCUCACCACCAUCAUGAGGAGUUUGAGGUGGAGGUCGAAGGACAUCACUCCCAUAACCAUGGUGAAGGUUUCGAGGUCGAGUUUGAGGGAGAGCACCAUUACUCCCAUCACCCUCACCACCACCACCACCAUGGUGGAGAGGACUUUGAGGUUGAUGUCGAGUUCGACGAGCAUCACCCCCAUCACCCCCAUCCUCACCACCACCACGGUGAGGACUUUGAGGUCGACGUCGAGCUCGAAGAGCAUCGCCCUCAUCGUCACCACGGCGAGGAAAACUUCGAAAUCGAGGUCGAAGAACAUCAGCACCAUCAGCACCAUCACCAUCACCACGGUGGGGAACACUUCGAGCACAAGCAUCACGGCCAUCACGCUCACCACCACGAAGUCGAAGUCGUCCCUAUCCCCAUUCCCGUUCCUGUCGAACACAAGGAUUUCAAACACCCAAUGGGAAGACCCUCUAAGGUCGUGAAGGAUGAGGUCUGGGUCGUCGCAACGGAAGGAAAUCCCGUUGGCAUUGACCGUCGUCAGGACGAGGGAGGACUACCACCCCCCGCUCCUGUUUCAGGAUCUGGCCCCUCCUCCAGUAUUCCACCAGCAUCCUCAGGCCCUCCGCCUCCAGGUGGCAGACUUCAACAGAUGAAGGCCAAGUGGCAAACUUUUCAACAAUCCCCGAAAGGGCAGCAGUUCUCAUCAAAAUUGCAUGAAGGAGUUACGAAGCACUUCCCAUUGAACGCUGCCAACGCUUCCCCUAGCGACUCUUCUCAGCUCAGACGCCGUAACCCUUCCACUCUUCCCACAGGUGCCGCCGGUUCCACAGGUGAUGAAAUCCCGUCGUCCCCCACUCUCCCGAUGUCACCCCCUCCCAACGGUGCUCCUGGAAAACACCACUUGAAACAGAGCAAGGAGUGGAAGGCCAUCAAGACCGCUAACAAAGAUUGGCGAUCGGAUAUGAAUAAAUCUAGCGGCGACUGGGAGAAGUUCCUAGAGACGGAAACUGGAAAGGCUGUCAAGGCUAAGGAGGAUCCAGAAUUGGUGGUCCUCGUAAAGCACGCUUUGAAGCAACACACCAAUCCGAACAACCCCAAGAGUCAUCAAUCUCCCAGUGAAGGAGCUACAUCUACCGGUGCCGCGGGUGCUAGUACUACUGCACCUGGUUCCGGUGCCUCGUCUUUGUCUUCUUCCUCGUCCUCUGCCCUGAAGCGCCGUUCUGGUACGAAUCCCUCUGGCUCAAGUACUAGCGUCUCUUCCGCGUCUUCCACCGACGGUGACUCUCCAAUGGGCAGCUCCACCAGCUCGACAGAUGCUGCUGGCCUUGGGGCAACUGGUAGUGCCGCCGCGUCUUCGAUGGGUACUGGCUCACUGCCAAGUGGUACCUCCAGUGCUUUCGGCAGUACCUCAGGCUCUGCGGCUUCGGCCUCUCCAUCCGGCGCUGCCACGACGACCUCGGCAGGUUAUUCGUCCGCCCACCAUCGAAUGAAAGGACAACAUCGCGAGGAAUGGAAGAAGUUCAAGGAAGCCAACCCCAGCGUCAAUGAAGACCUUAAGAGCGCUAAGGGCAAUGUCCAGGCGUUCUUGCAGACGCCAUCCGGUAAGGCGCUCGCGAAAGAGAACGAGGACUUCCAGAAGUUCGUGAAGAUUCAUGUGGUGGAACAUCAUAAAAAACAUGGUCAAGAUCAUCACCAUAAGUCUGCCGGUUCGGAACAUCCUGCACCCUUAGAUGGAUCUAGUUCCUCUUCCUCCAGUUCCUCAUCUCCUGCAUCCGGUACUAACGCUGCAAACCCCGCUCCCGUCGGUCGUUCUGUGCUCGCUGCUCGUUACGGUUUUGGUGCACACGGUUCGAAGGACACAACUGACGAAAAUAACCACAGAGCCGCUGGUCAUCGUCACCAUAUUCGUUCUGUGCCUGGUGAGGCUGGUGAUGCUCCGCCUCCUGGUACCCCCGGUCAGACUUCUGCUUUGCCAAUUCAGUCGUCUUCUUCCACCCCCAAUGGACCCGGCAUGGGCGCGGUGAACGGUGCCCCCUCUUUCUCGGGAACCCUCAGCUCGGGUGCUAUCAGCGGUUCUUCGAUGUCUGGUUUCCCGCCUUCUGCGCCACCAAAUGGCAAUGGACAGGGACCCGAAGGCUCUGGUCCCCAUGGCCACCGAUUCGAGGACGGUCCCAUGGGACCUGAACACCACGGUUCUUCGAUGUCUGGUUUCCCGCCUUCUGCGCCACCAAAUGGCAAUGGACAGGGAGGCUUACCCCAAAGCCAUCAACACGGAGGUUUCCAAUCUUUCGAUCAAUCAGGCGUCCCACGUCCAUCUAUCGAUGUCUUGCAACGUCUCGGCGCCCCCCGUCUCGAACAUCUCACGCCCCCCGGCACCAAUCUGUUUGGAUCCUCCCCUAGACCCCCUCCUCAUGACAACACUGGUUCUGUACCCGGUACUCCGCCGAACCCUGCUUCUGGUGCAAGCUCACCUCCUCCCAGUGGUGCUACUUCCCAGGGAAUGCCUGGUGCUCCUACCCGCCGUGCUCUCCAACGCGUUCGUCGUUCUACCCCAUACGGUGAUUUCGGUGCCGACUUGGACUAAGACGAUCGAAGUCUUCUUAGAGUUGGGGUGUUCAAGGGUUUCAUCGUUACUCGCUUCCCUUUCACUGUCUGAUCUAAGUUUCUUAUGUAUUUAAGUGGUACUUAUCUACAAACCGUCCUCACUCCGUUCGCAAUGAAAAAAGUUGAAGUUGUUGCCUGAUGUAUGUGCUCAUUUACGGUUUACUCAAACAUGUUGCAGCGUCUGUAUAUGCUUUCUUAUGAAUGUUCUCU